AUGGCAGACCAAGGUUUCCAUGCUAGAUCAAACAGCUUGCCUACAAGAUCCCACCCUGUCACUGCAACAGCAGAGGAAGAGCUAAACAAGCUAAAAGCUUUUGUCAUGGUGUCACCUAAGAUGAUUGGCAAAUCACUGAGCUGUCUUGGUGCUUUCUAUGACUUCAUUGAGGAGCUUCUUCAGAUGCCUAGCACCCAACAAGCCCUUUCUCAUUCUCAAGAGAAGAUAUGGGUGGAAGAGGAGUUGGAAGCUUCUCUAAGGUUGGUAGAGCUCUGUGGCAUCAUUAGAGAUACCUUGGUUGUGAUCAAAGAACAUGCUCAAGAACUUGAGAUGGUUCUAAGAAGGAAGAGAAGCAUGACCAAUGAAAGCAAACAACAGUUUCACAUUCAGUCAGAUAAGAAGACAAGAAAGAGUAUCAAGAAUUGUGUAAAAGCAUUGAAGCAAAUGGAUGGGAAGGACUCUGAUAGAUCAAGUACAGUAUCUAAGAUGUUCACUGAAGCUAGAGAAGUCACUAUUUCUCUCUUACAAUCAGUUGCAUCUUCUUUAUAUCCAAGCUCAGCGCAGAAGACUAGCAAGUGGUCUAUUGUUUCAAAGGCAUUGCACAAGAAGAAGGUGUCAUGCGAGGAGUUUGAAGAUUCAAUUUGCAGCUAUUUCUCAUUCAAUUCAAUAUAUGAGAGCCUUUCAUGCAAAGAUGUUGAUCGCCUGAGAGCGAUGAAGGCACAAGAUAGAUUGGCAGAAAUGAUGAGUAGCUUAGAAGGGCUUGAGAUAGAAUUAGAGUCCCUCUACAGGAGACUAAUUCAAAACAGAGUCUCCCUUCUCAACCUGCUAAGCCAAUAA